AUGAUAUGUGCACGGCACAAUAUAGAACAAGCAGAAUACAGGCAAAUCCAAGGCAAACCAGACUGCAGCCAACACUGGCAUGGGCAGUACACUGCACAAAAUUGUGGAGGAUUAGUACAAGGUCCAAAUGGUACAAUAGAAAGUCCAGGGUUUCCACAUGGAUAUCCAAACUAUGCUAACUGUACGUGGAUAAUAAUCACUGGUGAAAGAAACAGGAUACAACUGUCAUUUCAAAUAUUUGCGCUGGAGGAAGAUUUUGAUAUUUUAGCAGUUUUUGAUGGACAGCCUCAACAAGGAAAUUUAAAAGUCAGGUUAUCUGGAUUCCAACUUCCAUCGUCAAUAGUAAGCACAGGUUCUAUUCUCACACUUUGGUUCACAACAGAUUUUGCAGUAAGCGCCCAAGGAUUUAAAGCAGUAUAUGAAGUGUUACCAAGUCAUACUUGUGGAAAUCCUGGAGAAAUAAUUAAAGGGAUUCUACAUGGAACAAGAUUCAAUAUUGGAGACAAGAUUCGGUAUAAUUGUCUUGCUGGUUAUAUCCUUGAGGGCCAUUCUAUCCUGACAUGUAUUGUAAGUCCAGGAAAUGGAGCUUCAUGGGAUUUUCCAUCACCAUUUUGCAGAGCUGAAGGAGCAUGUGGUGGAACUUUAAGAGGAACCAGUGGCAUCAUCUCAAGCCCUCACUUCCCAUCAGAAUAUGAGAAUAAUGCUGACUGCACAUGGACUAUACUUGCUGAGCCUGGGGAUACAAUUGCACUGGUCUUUACAGAUUUUCAAAUGGAAGAAGGAUAUGAUUUCUUAGAAAUCAGUGGAACUGAAGCUCCAUCAAUAUGGUUAACUGGGAUGAGCCUGCCAUCUCCCGUUAUAAGCAAUAAAAAUUGGCUGCGUCUUCAUUUUACAUCUGACAGUAACCACAGAAGGAAAGGAUUCAAUGCUCAGUUUCAAGUAAAAAAGGCAAUAGAACUGAAAUCUAGAGGGGUAAAGAUGUUGCCCAGCAAAGAAAGCAACCACAAGAAUUCUGUCUUGAGCCAAGGUGGGAUACCAACAGCUACAAACAUGUGUCCAGAUCCUGGCAUACCUGAGAAUGGGAAAAGAACUGGAUUUGAUUUUAGAGUGGGUGCCAAUGUCCAAUUUUCCUGUGAUGAUAAUUAUGUGUUACAAGGCUCGAAGAGUAUAACUUGUCAAAGAGUGACUGAUACACUUGCUGCCUGGAGUGAUCACAGACCAAUCUGUCGAGCUCGAACAUGUGGGUCAAAUCUUCAAGGACCAACAGGCGUUAUUACUUCACCAAACUAUCCAGUUCAGUAUGAAGACAAUGCCCAUUGUGUUUGGGUUGUUACAAGUACAGAUCCAGAAAAGGUUAUCAAAAUGUCUUUUGAAGUGUUUGAGCUAGAGAGAGGCUAUGAUACUUUGACUAUAGGAGACGGUGGAAAAGUCGGGGACACGCGAUCAGUAUUAUAUGUUCUUACAGGUUCUAGUGUACCAGAUCUCAUUGUGAGCAUGAGCAACCAAAUGUGGCUCCAUUUGCAAUCAGAUGACAGCAUUGGCUCACCAGGAUUUAAGGCUAUUUAUCAAGAAAUUGAGAAAGGUGGAUGUGGGGAUCCAGGAAUUCCUGUGUAUGGUAAAAGGAAUGGAAGUAGUUUCCUGCAUGGGGAUAUACUAACGUUUGAAUGUCAGUCAGCUUUUGAACUUGUUGGAGAAAAAACAAUCACAUGUCAACAAAAUAACCAGUGGUCUGGAAAUAAACCAAGUUGUGUUUUUUCCUGCUUCUUCAACUUUACCACACCUUCUGGAAUAAUCCUUUCUCCAAACUACCCAGAUGAAUAUGGUAACAAUAUGAACUGUGUGUGGUUGAUAAUAUCAGGGCCAGGAAGUCGGAUUCAUCUGAUCUUCAAUGACUUUGAUGUGGAGCCACAGUUCGAUUAUGUUGCCAUGAAGGAUGAGGGCAUUGCUGAUUUGCCUGCUCUAGGAACAUUUUCAGGGAAUGAAGUACCCUCUCAGAUUGCAAGCAACAGCCAUAUUGUGCGUUUAGAAUUUCAGUCAGAUCAUUCAACAACUGGAAGAGGCUUCAAUAUAACCUAUACUACCUUUGGUCAGAAUGAAUGUCAUGAUCCAGGAAUCCCAAUAAAUGGAAAAAGGUUUGGUGACAGAUUUCUUCUUGGGAGCUCAGUUACUUUUCAUUGUGACGAAGGCUUUAUCAAAACACAAGGUUCUGAGUCCAUCACUUGUAUUAUACAAGAUGGCAAUGUUGUAUGGAGUUCUACUGUCCCAAGAUGUGAAGCGCCAUGUGGUGGACAUUUAACAGCAUCAAGUGGAAUAAUCCUUCCUCCAGGCUGGCCUGGGUAUUACAAGGAUUCAUUAAAUUGUGAAUGGGUAAUUGAAGCAGACACAGGUCAUUCGGUUAAAAUUACUUUCGAAAGAUUUCAGACUGAAGUAAACUAUGAUAUUCUUGAAGUACGAGAUGGCCCAGCCAAUUCUUCACCAUUGAUUGGAGAGUAUCAUGGAACACAAGCGCCACAAUUUCUCAUUAGCACAGGAAAUUAUAUGUAUCUUCUAUUCACAACUGAUAAUAGCCGUUCCAAUGUUGGCUUUCUAAUUCGAUAUGAAAGUGUCACUUUAGAACUGGACUCAUGCCUUGACUCAGGAAUACCGGUAAAUGGUCAUCGCCAUGGAAAACACUUUGGUAUUGGCUCUUCUGUGACCUUUACUUGUGAUGCUGGAUAUAUUUUAAGUGAUGAUGAACCAUUAGUUUGUGAAAAGAAUCACCAGUGGAACCAUGCAUUGCCUAGUUGUGAUGCUUUAUGUGGUGGAUAUAUUCAUGGAAGGAGUGGAACAAUUCUUUCUCCAGGUUUUCCUGACUUUUACCCUAAUUCUUUGAAUUGCACAUGGACAAUUGAAGUAUCACAUGGUAAAGGUGUACAGCUGGUAUUUCAUACCUUUCACCUUGAAAGCUCCCAUGACUAUCUAUUAAUAACUGAGGAUGGCAGUUUUACUCAUCCUGUGGCAAGACUGACAGGUUCAGUUUUACCAUCCACUAUAAAAGCUGGACUUUUUGGGAAUUUUACAGCUCAGCUUCGUUUUAUAUCAGAUUUUUCUAUUUCAUAUGAAGGAUUUAACAUUACGUUUUCAGAAUAUGACUUGGAACCCUGUGAUGAUCCGGGAGUGCCCGCAUUUAGUAGAAGAAUAGGCUUCCACUUUGGUGUUGGAGACACUCUAACAUUUUCCUGUUUCCCUGGAUAUCGUUUGGAAGGUGCUAGUACACUCACUUGCUUGGGAGGUGGCCGGAGAGUGUGGAGUACACCUCUUCCAAGGUGUGUGGCUGAAUGUGGAGCGACCGUUACUGGACACGAAGGAACAUUGCUAUCUCCAAAUUUCCCGGCCAACUAUGAUAACAACCAUGAAUGCAUAUAUAGAAUUGAAACUCAACCUGGAAUGGGAAUACAUUUACGGGCCAGAAGUUUUCAGUUGGUCGAGGGUGACAUUCUUAAGGUGUAUGAUGGCAAAGAUGGUUCAUCCCGACUUUUAGGAGCUUAUACAAAAAAUGAGUUAUUGAAAUUAACACUUAACAGUACUUCAAACCAUUUGUGGAUAGAAUUUAACACAAAUGUAUCAGACACCGACAUUGGGUUUCAUCUUGUAUAUAACAGUUUUGAUCUCAUAAAAUGUGAAGAUCCAGGAAUACCAAAUUAUGGCUAUAAGAUACGUGAUGAAGGUCGCUUUGCUGAUACAGCUAUUAUGUAUAGUUGCAAUCCUGGAUAUACAAUGCAUGGGAGCAGUAUUUUAACAUGUUUAAGUGGUGAUCGGAGAGUAUGGAACAAGCCUCUGCCAACAUGCACUGCUGAAUGUGGUGGUCGGAUUUAUGCUACAGCAUCUGGACGCAUUCUAUCUCCAGGAUACCCAGCACCUUAUGAAAAUAAUGUACAUUGCACUUGGGUUCUUGAAACAGACCCUGGAAAGACAAUUAGCCUCCACUUUAUAGUUUUUGACACUGAAGUCUCACAUGAUAUCCUUAAGGUAUGGGAUGGACCUGUAGACAGCGAUGUUCUUCUGAAAGAGUGGAGCGGUUCUUCUCUCCCUGAAGACAUUCACAGCACAUUCAAUUCCUUGACAUUGCAAUUUGAUAGUGACUUUUUCAUCAGCAAGUCUGGUUUUUCCAUACAAUUUUCAACUUCUGUUGCAUCAACUUGUAAUGACCCUGGAAUUCCUCAAAAUGGUACCAGAUAUGGAGACAGCAGAGAACCUGGAGAUACCAUAAAUUUUCAAUGUGACCCUGGAUAUCAACUCCAAGGACAAACUAAAAUUAUGUGUGUGCAGCUAAAUAACAGAUUCUUUUGGCAACCGGACCCUCCAACCUGCAUAGCUGCAUGUGGUGGAAACCUAACAGGCCCAGCGGGUGUUAUUUUAUCACCAAACUACCCUCAACCUUAUCCUGCAGGAAAGGAAUGUGACUGGAGAAUAAAAGUAAAUCCAGACUAUGUCAUUGCCUUGAUAUUCAAAAGUUUUAACAUGGAACCCAGUUAUGAUUUCCUGCAUAUAUAUGAAGGCGAUAACUCCAACAGUCCCAUAAUUGGAAGUUUUCAAGGUUCCCAUGCACCAGAAAGAUUAGAAAGCAGUGGUAACAGCCUGUUUUUGGCAUUUCGCAGUGAUGCAUCCGUUGGCAUGUCUGGAUUUGCUAUUGAAUAUAAAGAAAAACCACGUGAAGCUUGUUUUGAUCCUGGGAACAUCAUGAAUGGUACUCGCAUUGGUACGGACUUUAAACUUGGAUCUACUGUUACAUAUCAGUGUGAUCCAGGUUAUAAAAUCAUUGAUCCGGCAACCAUUAGCUGUUUGAUUGGUACAGAUGGGAAACCUGCAUGGAACAAAAGCUUACCAUCAUGUAAUGCUCCUUGUGGUGGACAGUAUACAGGGAUGGAAGGAGUGGUUUUAUCUCCAAACUACCCAAAUAAUUAUACUUCUGGGCAAAUUUGUCAUUAUUCAAUAACCGUUCCAAAAGAAUUUGUUGUAUUUGGCCAGUUUGCCUAUUUCCAGACAUCGUUAAAUGAUCUGGUAGAACUUUUUGAUGGAGCUCACUCACAGUCUAGACUGCUCAGUUCUCUCUCUGGCAGCCAAACAGGAGAGACAAUGCCGUUAGCCACUUCUAAUCACAUCCUACUGAGAUUUAGCACAACAAAUGGUGCCCCAGCCAAGGGAUUUCAUUUUGUCUACCAAGCUGUCCCUCGUACAAGUGACACCCAGUGCAGCUCAGUUCCUGAGCCCAGAUACGGCAGAAGAAUUGGCUCUGAUUUUUCAGCAGGUUCUGUAAUUCGAUUUGAAUGCAACCCUGGAUACUUACUUCAAGGAUCUAAAGCUAUUAGUUGUCAGAGAGUACCCAAUGCAUUAGCACAAUGGAAUGAUACAGUGCCAGUCUGUUUAGUACCAUGCAGUGGAAAUUUUACAGAGAGACGAGGAACAAUAUUAUCUCCAGGUUUUCCUGAGCCUUAUGGCAACAGCUUGAAUUGUGUUUGGAAAAUUAUAGUGACUGAGGGAUCAGGAAUUCAGAUACAAGUUUUGACUUUUGUAACAGAACAUAACUGGGAUUCCUUGGAGAUUUACGAUGGCUCGGAUAUGACCUCUCCAAGACUUGGUAGUUUUUCUGGGACAACUGUGCCAGCUCUACUAAACAGCACGUCAAAUCAGCUAUACCUGCAUUUUCACACUGAUAUCAGUGUAUCAGCAGCAGGAUUUCAUCUGGAAUACAAGACUGUUGGACUUAUUGCUUGCCCAGAACCAUUGAUUCCAACCAAUGGCAUUAAAAAUGGGGACAGAUACAUGGUAAAUGAUGUGGUAUCUUUUCAAUGUGAGCCUGGGUACACAUUGCAGGGACAUUCUCAUAUUUCAUGUAUGCCUGGAACAGUGCGGCGAUGGAAUUAUCCUUCCCCUCUUUGCAUUGCUAAAUGUGGUGGAAUAUUAACACAUCUGAUUGGAGUGAUUUUAAGCCCUGGUUUUCCUGGAAACUACCCAAGUAAUUUGGACUGCUCAUGGAAGAUUUUAUUACCAGUUGGCUUUGGUGCUCACAUUCUAUUUGAAAAUUUUUCUACUGAAGCGAAUCAUGACAUUCUUGAAAUACAAAAUGGACCCACUCUUCCAGGUUCUCAGAUCGGGCAAUUUAGUGGCAAUGAACUUCCUUUACCUUUGCUUAGCACAACACAUGAAGUUUUCAUUCACUUUUUUAGUGAUCACUCUGAGAAUAGACAAGGAUUUAAGCUUGUUUAUCAAGCUUAUGAAUUGCAAAAUUGUCCAGAUCCUCAUCCAUUUAAGAAUGGCUAUAUCAUUAAUUCUGAUUAUAGCGUGGGACAAUCAAUAACUUUUGAAUGUUAUCCAGGAUAUGUUCUGAUAGGACACGCUGUUCUCACUUGCCAGCAUGGCAUUAAUAGAAAUUGGAACUAUCCUUUUCCAAAAUGUGAAGCACCAUGUGGAUACAAUGUAUCAUCAGAAAAUGGGACAAUCUAUUCUCCAGGAUUUCCGGAUGAAUAUCCCAAUUCAAAAGACUGUGCAUGGCUCAUUUCUGUCCUACAGGGUCAUGGGGUUUAUAUUAACUUUACUUUACUUCAGACUGAACCAGUGAAUGAUUAUAUUGCAGUAUGGGAUGGUGUCGACCAAAAUUCCCCUCAGUUGGGUGUUUUCAGUGGAAAUACAGCUCUAGAAACGGCAUAUAGCACAUCCAAUCAAGUACUGAUUAAGUUCCACAGUGACUUUUCAACUGGAGGUUUCUUUGUCUUAAAUUUUCAUGCUUAUCCAUUGAAAAAAUGUCCAUCACCAUCAGUGGUGUCAGAAGCUGAUAUAAUUUCAGAUGAUGAUGAUUUCGAAAUAGGUGACUUUGUAAAAUACAAGUGCCAUCCAGGGUUUGCCUUAGUAGGAAAUGACAUUUUGAUCUGCAAACUGGUCACCCAACUCCAGUUUCAGGGCUCCAUGCCUACAUGUGAAGCACAAUGUCCUGCAAAUGAGAAUCGCCUGGAUUCUUCUGGAGUGAUCCUUAGUCCUGGUUAUCCAGGGAACUAUCCUAAUUCUCAGACUUGUUCAUGGACCAUUAAGGUUGAACCAGGCUACAAUAUAUCAAUAUUUGUUGAUACAUUUCAAAGUGAAAAACAGUUUGAUGAACUCAAGAUAUUUGAUGGGCCAUCUGGACAAAGCUCUCUAAUUGUGGCUUUAAGUGGCAAUAUAACAGGGCAACACAAUUUUACUAGCAAAGGCAAUAAUAUUUUUCUUCGCUGGUCAACAGAUCAUGCUACAAGUAAAAAAGGCUUCAAGAUGCGAUACUCAGCGGCUUACUGCAGUUUAAACACAAUGUUAAAUCAUGGGGGCAUUUUGAACAAGACAGGUAUACAGCUUGGAUCAAAGGUUUACUAUUUUUGCAAGCCAGGAUAUCAAAUGAUUGGGAAGAGAAAUACAACCUGCAUCAGGACUCCAAAUGGGAUGUAUGAAUGGGAUUCACCAGCGCCACUUUGUAAAGCUAUAUCCUGUGGAAUUGCUCAGCCACCUGGAAAUGGCUCAGUGUCUGGAAAUGAGUUUACUUUAGGAAGCAAAGUGAUAUAUGAAUGUAAUGAAGGCUACAGAUUACAAUCUAGUCAACAAUCAACAGCAGUAUGUCAAGAAGAUGGAUCAUGGAGUAAUGCAGGCAAACCACCUGUUUGUCAGCCUAUUACUUGUCCAAGCUUGGAUUCUCAACUCCCUGAGCACGUGAUCUGGAGGUUGGUCUCAGGUUCACUUAAUGAAUAUGUGUCUCAAGUCUUGCUGAGUUGUAGUCCUGGUUAUUAUCUUCAAGGAUUGAGACUUCUACAAUGCAGAGCUAAUGAAACAUGGAGUGGAGGAGAUGUCAAACCAUACUGCAUGGUUAUUUCAUGUGGUGAUUUACCUACACCUCCAAACGGUAACCGAAUUGGAACUUUAAAUGUUUACGGAGCAACAACAAUAUUUACCUGCAAUUCUGGCUACACUCUUGUUGGCUCACAUGUAAGGGAAUGUUUGGCUAAUGGUCUAUGGAGCGGCACAGAAACAAGAUGUCUAGCUGGUCAUUGUGGUUCUCCUGAUCCAAUUGUAAAUGGGCAUAUUAGUGGGGACGGCUUCAGCUAUCGAGACACAGUGGUCUAUCAGUGUAAUCCUGGCUUUCGUCUAGUAGGAACAUCUGUUCGUAUUUGCCUUCAGGAUCACAAAUGGUCUGGACAAACUCCAGUUUGUGUUUCUAUUACGUGCGGUCACCCUGGAAAUCCAACUCACGGCAUAACAAAGGGCGGUGAAUUUAAUUUAAAUGAUGUGGUGAACUUCACUUGUAACACAGGUUACAUACUUCAGGGGUCCUUUCAAGCACAAUGUCGCAGCAAUGGAAUGUGGAGUAGAUCUCUUCCAACAUGUCGCGUGGUAAACUGUACAGAUCCUGGUUUUGUGGAAAAUGCAAUUCGUCAUGGACAACAGAAUUAUCCUGAGAGUUUCCGUUAUGGAAUCAGCGUGACGUAUCAUUGUAAGAAAGGCUAUUAUCUUCUAGGAUCAUCUGUUCUUAACUGUAAGGCAAAUGGCUUGUGGGACAGAUCAUUACCAAAGUGCAUCCCAAUAUCCUGUGGCCACCCUGGAAUCCCUGCUAAUGCAAUUCUGAGUGGAGAUAAAUUUACAUAUGGAUCAAAAAUCCAUUAUUCUUGCACUGGAGCUCAUAUAUUAAUAGGAAAUGCAACAAGAGUUUGCCAAGAAGACAGUCGAUGGAGUGGAACACUUCCUCACUGCUCAGGAAAUAAUCCUGGAAUGUGUGGUGACCCUGGAAUCCCAGCUCAUGGAUCACGUCUUGGAAAUGAAUUUAGAACAAAAAGUUUACUUCGUUUUUCUUGUGAAAUGGGAUAUACGUUAGUAGGAUCCAUGGAACGGACAUGUUUAUCAAAUGGAUCAUGGUCAGGAAUACAGCCAUCCUGUGAAGCGGUAUCCUGUGGAAAUCCUGGAACUCCAGCCAAUGGCAUGAUAAUUUUUAGUGAUGGGAUACUUUUCUCCAGUUCUGUCAUCUAUGCCUGCUGGGAAGGUUACAAAACAUCAGGGUUAACUACUCGGCAUUGUACUGCCAAUGGAACUUGGACUGGAAGUGCUCCAGAUUGCUCAGUGAUUACAUGUGAAGAUCCGGGACCGAUCGCUAAUGGUAUUCAACUAGGAAAGGAUUUUACAUUUAACAAAACAGUCACCUACCACUGCAAUCCUGGUUUUCUGAAAGAUCCACCCUCUGCAGGUCCAAUGAUGUGUGGAAAAGAUGGUACCUGGAACCAGACAAAACCAACCUGCAAAGCAAUACAUUGUGGACAGCCACCACAUGUACCGUACGGGAAGCUGGAAGGAUCUGACUACAGCUGGGGCUCCAGUGUCAGUUACACAUGUGUGGAGGGUUACCAACUGUCUAGCCCUACAGUACUUUCAUGUGAAGGGAGGGGAAGCUGGAGAGGAGAAAUCCCUCAGUGUUUGCCUGUGUUUUGUGGAGAUCCUGGAACUCCAGCUGAGGGAAAAGCUAUUGGAAGAAGUUUUACAUAUAAAUCAGAAAUUUCCUAUCAGUGUAGACCACCAUUUAUUUUAGUGGGUUCAUCUAGAAGAAUUUGCCAGUUCGAUGGAACAUGGAGUGGUAUUCAGCCAACCUGCAUUGAUCCAACUCAUAACUCCUGCAGAGACCCUGGUACACCACAUUAUGGCAUACAGAACAGUUCCAAGGCUUAUGAGAUUGGGAGUUCGGUCUUUUUUAGAUGUCGCAAAGGCUACCACAUACAAGGCUCCACUACACGUAAUUGCCUUGCUAAUUUGACAUGGAGUGGAACCCAACCAGAAUGUAUUCCUCAUGCCUGUCGACAACUAGAAACACCCAUUCAUGCAGAUGUGAAAGCAAUAGAUCUACCUACAUUAGGAUAUACCCUUAUAUAUAUUUGCCAGCCUGGGUAUUUUCUAGCUGGAGGGUCUGAGCACAGAACAUGUAAAAGUGAUAUGAAAUGGACAGGAAAACCUCCUAUCUGUAAAAGUACAGGACUCAGGAAACUAAAUUCAACUGUCACAAAAACUCCAGUUCCUUCAGAUGUUUUUUCUGUGAAUUCUGUGUGGAAAGGUUUUUAUGAAUAUCUCGGAAAGCAACACUCGGCAACGUUAACUGUUGAUUGGUUCAAUCACACAAGCAGUAACGUGAACGGAACAUUUUUAGAUACUUACAAUAGUGAAUUAAAGGUAUCAGGUGUGUAUAAAAGAGAAGAAGCCCACUUGCUUUUGAAAGUUUUCCAGAUUAAAGGCCCUUCAGAUGUUUUAAUAAAAAAAUUUCAAAAUGACAAUUGGGCAAUGAAUGGAUAUGUAUCAUCUGGAAGAGAGAAGAGUGUUUUUAACUACCAAGGCGAUAUACAAUCGAAGAAUUUUGGCAAGUUUAUAUUUCAAAGACAAAAUCCCCUUAAUGUCAGCGACUCUUCCAAUAAUUACUAUGGCACAAACAGUAGUUCUGUAGCAGCUGCAAUCUUGGUACCAUUCUUCGCACUUAUAUUAUCAGGAUUUGCAUUCUACCUUUAUAAACACAGAGCAAGACCCAAAGUGCAGUAUAAUGGAUAUGCUGGACAUGAAAACAGUAAUGGACAAGCAUCAUUUGAAAAUCCAUUGUAUGAUACAAACUUAAAACCCACAGAGGCAAAAGCUGUUAGAUUUGACACAACACUAAACACAGUUUGCACAGUGGUAUAG